CCAAUUUCGGCAGCAAUCGAUCUUUUCACGCUUUAUUUCUGGAGUUUUUAGUAAUGGCUAAUAGAACAUUCAUGCUGCUGCUGGGCCAGGUGAUGCCUUGUAUCAAACAAAAUGCAUCCAAAAUCCGCAUACGACGGAUGGAACUGGACACCAAUCUCAAUAUGUAUUUUAAGAAAGACGAGUUUUACUUUGUGCAUGAUCCUACAAAAAAGUGCAAAACUGGUGACAUUGUGUUGAUCAAAGAGCUACCGCAAAAAUUGACCCGAUUGAUAACGCAUUCCCUCGAGGAGAUUGUUUCUCCACUGGGAGAUGUGACGGAUCCGAUCACGGGCAAGAAGGUUACAGCUGGAAAGUAUCGCGAGGAUAUUGAGGAUGCCAAUAGAUUGUACGGCAAAUCGAAAGAAGCAUUCGAUUACGAGAAGGCCCCACCGAGAGGACGGCUCGAGGGAACUCGAGAUUUUACACACGGCGAAACGUACAUCAAAUAUCACGAGGACGGAAAGGACCAACCGUUUGCUGUGUGAAUGCAAGUUUGGAAGUGUCAUCUAGAAUAAAACUCUACCGUUUAACAAUUAGCAACUAGUGUACAAUUGAGGAAAUUAAAUUAAAAUUGUUCUCAAACAUUAGAAA